AUGGUGUUUGCGCGCCGCAGCUACAACGUGCAGUCGCUGGCGGUGGGCCCCGCGGAGACGCCGGGGGACAGCCGCAUCACCACGGUCGUGCCGGGCACGUCCAACGGCAUCCGCACACUCAUAAAGCACGUCAAGAAGCUGGUCAACGUCAAGGCGUGCGAGGACAUCACAUCCAAGCCCUAUGUGGCGCGGGAGCUGAUGCUGGUCAAGGUGCGCUGCGCCCCCAGCCAGCGCGGCGAGCUGCGGCACCUGUGCGAGAUCUUCCGCAUGGCGGUUAUCGACGUGGGGCCCACCACCAUGACCCUGGAGGCCCAGGGGCGCGAGGACAAGAUGAGGGCCAUAGUCGACCUCCUGGAGCCCUAUGGCGUGCUGGAGGCCGCGCGCACCGGGCGCAUCGCGCUGGCGCGCGAGAGUGGCGUCGACACGCAGUACCUGGAGUCUAUGAAGGUGGGGGUGUGA